AUGAACAACGCUCGAUAUAGUAGACCUCCCGGUCCCUCAAAUAUAUAUAGGCCUUCAGAGUCAGAAAGAUUACAAGCACAACAAAGAAACAGUCGACUACGGAAUAUACAAGAGAAGAGAUAUUCACAACAUCUCGAUGUUAAAGAUGAACCAAGAUUGAAGAAAGCGUCAAAUGAUUUUAAUAUGUAUGGUCGCGUUAAAGAUGAAAUUCAUAUUGAGAAUAAUGAAAAUGAGGAUGAUGAUAUGGAUUAUGAAGUAAAUAUUUCAAAAGACCAUAAAGCAUCUCCGUUUUAUGACUAUAAUGCAAACACAAAAAGUAGUAUACCGGAUGUAUAUAAUGACCUUGUAGAAGAACCAUCACCUGUGCCCAGGGUUAUGUCUCCAAAUUCUUUUUUAAAAUCAAGAGGAUAUCCAUCAUCUUCAUAUCAAGACAAUCUAAUUACUGAAAAUAAUAUUAAGGACAAUAAUCGAAAUAAUAAUAAUAUAUUUGCCUUUCAAACAACAAAAAAAGAUGUAAAAUCGGACGAGCAAAAUAAUGUAGGAUCUCGUACUUUACGAAAACUUUUGGGGGAACCGUUGCCAUUACCAUAUUUAGAAAAUGAUAUUAAACAAAAUGAGUAUGUGGGGGAUCAUCAUAUGACCAUUUUGACCAAAAACAAACUAGAUAAUAAAAGUAAAAAUUUCAAUGAUAAAUUUAAACGACUGGUGUCACAGGACAAAAUAAAUGUAGCUAAAAGAUUAAAGGAAUUGAAGCAUAAUGAGUAUGAUAAUGCUAAUGAUAAAGAGAGUGAUAUUACUACUUAUUCUGUUCCAUCUAUGAACCAAUUACCUAAGUUUGGAAAUGAAAUACGGCACUACAGAUCUCAUUCCAGAUCACAAGCACAGGAUGCAUCAUUCACAUCUACACAACCUUCGGUUCAAUUUUCAACAGAUAAUCAUCAGGAUAGCUUAGAAUCAAUCGAUUCCGACAAUGAAGUAAAAAUCAAUUCAAUACCUGACCCAUUAAUAUUAUUAGAGUUACAAAGAACCCUUGAUGCAAAUGGUGAAAAGUUAGAUUUGAUCAUUGCUAUGUUGAACAAUUUUACAAUGGAACCUCAUAAAAAGACAAUAACAAUAAAUCGUUUCUAUUCGAAACACAUGUUAAUACGGACAAUCUGUACUAUUACACUUGUAUUAAGCAUAUUUUGCGUGUAUUAUUACCAAUAUUAUAUAUAUUAA